CUGGUGCUAUUGGUCUUUGAUUGUGUCGUUUUGAAAUUUGAUUGCUCGGUUUACUCAGCCGUCCACUUGCAUUGUAUUCGAGCUAUGCGUUCGCUAGGUAUUAAAUUUUAAAUUCCAUUGUCCAGUUCGACAUUACUUGCAAGUGACAGUACGGUGUGGUUGUUCCUAAUCAGCAAAAUAGUAAAUUGGCUUGGUUUUUAAAUCAAAUUUCUUAUUUUAUAUCGUAAAUUUUGAAAAAAUAAACAUUCGAAACGAAUUUUGUAAAAAUAGCAAGGAAACGAACUAAACUCGUUUUAAUCAUGGGUACCCUUACAAUGGCUUUAGGAAUUUUGUUGUUCAUCGCUAGUGCCAAAUCUGAUGAAAUUCCCAAAGGACCUAAAGUUACUCAUAAGGUGAGCUUUGACAUGAAGAUUGGUGAUGACAAUAUUGGUACUAUUGUGAUUGGAUUAUUUGGAAAGACUGUACCUAAGACAACUGAGAACUUCUUUCAACUAGCUCAGAAACCUGAGGGGGAGGGGUACAAAGGGAGCAAGUUCCACAGAGUAAUUAAAAAUUUCAUGAUCCAAGGUGGUGAUUUUACCAAGGGUGAUGGAACUGGAGGGCGCAGUAUAUAUGGUGAGCGUUUUGAAGAUGAAAACUUCAAGCUGAAGCACUAUGGUGCUGGUUGGUUAUCUAUGGCUAAUGCAGGCAAGGACACAAAUGGAUCUCAAUUUUUCAUCACAACUGUUAAGACACCUUGGUUGGAUGGCAGACAUGUUGUUUUCGGUAAAGUUUUAGAAGGAAUGGAUGUUGUACAGAAAAUUGAGAUGACUGUUACGGGUGCAAAUGAUCGCCCAGUCAAAGAUGUUGUUAUAUCUGACACGAAAACUGAAGUUGUAGCUGAACCUUUCAGUGUCACAAAAGAGAGUGCUCACUAAAUUUAUAAUAAAUGUCUUAAUGAUUAAUAUUUUCAUGAGAAUGCAUUUACUAGAUUUCUAUGUGAU